CAGCGUUUGCUCUGAAUGAUUACCAUGGGGUCCGUCUUACCUUCACACAGGAAGCCCACGAGCCCCCAGAUGAAGAUGCAGUCGUGCGUCUUGUCACUUUUACUCCUUAACGUUUUUUACAGCUUUGUGUCUCCUCUGUACUUCCACAUCGGAGAGACCGAAAAGAAAUGCUUCAUAGAAGAAAUCCCGGACGAGACGAUGAUUAUCGGAAAUUAUCGGACUCAGCUGUACAACAAACAGACAGAGGAGUACCUGCCGGCCACUCAGGGCCUGGGAAUGUUUGUGGAAGUCAAAGACCCUGAUGACAAGGUGAUACUGUCCCGUCAGUAUGGCUCAGAGGGACGGUUCACCUUCACGUCACACACACCUGGAGAACAUCAGAUCUGUCUGCACUCAAAUUCCUCCAAGUUCGCCCUGUUUGCUGGAGGAAUGCUGAGGGUUCACCUGGACAUCCAGGUGGGCGAACAUGCCAACAACUACGCUGAGAUUGCUGCCAAAGACAAACUAACAGAGCUGCAGCUAAGAGUUAGGCAGCUGGUGGAGCAAGUGGACCAGAUCCAGAAGGAGCAGAACUACCAGAGGUACCGUGAGGAGCGGUUCCGUCAGACCAGUGAGAGCACCAACCAGCGAGUCCUCUGGUGGUCCAUCGUCCAGACUCUCAUCCUUGUGGCUAUUGGCAUCUGGCAGAUGAGACACCUCAAGAGCUUCUUUGAGGCCAAGAAGCUGGUGUAACUUUUCUGUUGGAGGAAAGUUUGUGUGUGUUUCAGUGCGUGAAUGUGAGUGUGUUGAUGCAGUACUGAGCGGCGGAGGCUGACGCUCCUGCUGCAGAGGAGAACGGACGCAGUGAAACUUACAUUAAUAUUACAGUUAUUGACGCUUCUUCUACCAACUCCAUUUAUAACGGGCUGCUCACGUUUGAAGUAUACCCGAGAGGCCCAGACCUGGUCCCAUCCUGCUUUUUUUCCAACCCUCCCUGCAUUUCUAGGUUCUAACUGGCUCAACACACCUGAUCCAGGUAAAUAGCAGUGGGUGGGGCAGGGAAACCAAGCAGGACUGCGGCCCUCAAAGAUCUGAAUUGGACUAUCAGGGAAAAUGUGACAUCUUGACUUUUUACAUGUGUGGAAUUGUUUUUGAACAUAUUCUUGUUAGUUCGUGUUAGACAUGUUUCUUGCAGCUUCACCAACAGCAGGACAAAGGAACUAAACCAGCAAAUGUCCACUAGGCAGACAGAGUUGUGUAUCCCUUUUAGUUUAUAAUCCAUUUCUCUUUUCCGGAUGUUAAUGGCCACUGGAGAUUACACCAGGAAAGCAGAACUCCUCACUUUGCGCCUUGGUCACUCAAUAUUGACGAAUUUUAAUCAGGUUACUCUGUAAAGCACGUUGAUCCAUUGUGAUAAAAUCUCUACAUCAGCCGUAUCUUAUGGAGCAUAAUGACCCCAUCAACAGUUAUUUGUUACGACUAAACACCUACUACUUAAGACCUAUUUUGCCAAGUUACAUGUAGAAUAUUCUUGGUUUUAUUGAGAGUUACUUUCAAGAUGAGUUUUCAGUUGCAGAAUUGUCCCGAUUUGCAACUAUUAUUUUAUUUUUCUUGUGAUUGUCAUUGCACCACAUUUAACCUAAUUCUGAAGGGUUUUUUUUCAGUAUCUUCAUAGACUUUUCUAAUAUUCCAAAAAUAAAUACACAAAUUUGUUCCAAUGCACAAACAUUUUUAGUCCAUCUCCCAAGCAAAACAACUUCAGUGCCCCAUUUAGUUUGAAAUGUGGCAGCAGCAACAGUGACACCUUCUAAACUCAUCCCUGUUUCCUGGAGACACUUCGAUGAACCAGUGUUGUAAAAUCUGGAAACAGACUGAGACAACAGCGGUUCAACCAGGGCAGUCAGACGUUUUGUCGCUCUGGAGCAAAAUGUUUAAUACUUAAUUUAGACUGUUACUCUUUUUGUAACGGGGUAAAUGUGGUUUGAGCGUGAAGAUGUAAUAAAUGUAACGAGGGAAGCUUUUGACAGUGGAGAAGUGUGUUUGUAGAGAACUGCCACAGCUUGUCCUGCUUCAUGGGUGUCACAACAGCAUCAGAAUUUGCGCAUUCAUUUUAUUGAAACUAUCCAACCACUUAUUUUGUUGUAAUGUAAUUGUGCAGUAUUUUUUCAAGGAGAAUGCAUUUUGAUCCCAUUAGCUGAGUUAAAGUGCAACUAAUCAAAAUACUCUUUCACCUAAUGCAGCUGCAUGUUAACUGUGAUUGGUGUUUCUUGUAGCUGCUGUCAAUUUUCAAAUCUAGUAAAAUUGUCAAACCAGUUGGUAGCAGCUGAAUUUUAAUUCUGCAUUUGGAUACAGACGAACUGCAUCUGUGUUUUGAUGCCACAGUGCAUGAAUUGAACAAACUCAGAUUAGAAAACUUCAGGCUGCUCUGAGGAAGUAUCCAAAUAUACUGGGUCUUGAAGUAUUAUUUUAUUAUUUUAUGACUUUAAAAGUUGGCAACACAUGUGAAAAUGAGCUUGCUACGAAACAAACGAGCGCUCUUUGAAUCAUUAUCAUCAUCAUCCUAAAACCUUUUCAAGCAAUCUGCUGAAAUGAAGCGUCCUACAGCAGAACACGCGUGGUUUAAGGUCAAACUUUGGCCUGAUCUUUCUUCUGUGGCGGUGGUUGACAGGUGGAGGUGUAAACGUCCUGUGCUGUUCAGACUACUGAGGCUUGUGUAGUUUUGGUUUCAACCCUAUCCUGAAGAAUGAGGGACAGAUCUGCCUAAUCUUGUUUGUAUUGUUCAAAUAUGUACUAAUGAAUUGUUGAGUAACUUGGAAUCAUAAAAAUGUGGUAAAGCAACAAAACCUUUGAAACAAGCUAAGGUUCAAAUGAAGAUUUUGAAGAUCUUAAAGCGAAAGCGUUUCGUAAAGUGUGUUGUAAGGCUGCUCACAAAAUCCAAGAUCGAGAGGUAAAAUCUUCAGCUUUCCUGAUUGUUUUUUGCAGGAGACAAAAAUCAGUCAUGCAGUUUAUUCUGAGUUAAUUUUUCUGACUUAAGGUUGUUCUGCUUCUUAUUUUAUGGUUGGUUGUGUUUACUAGUUCAUAUUUCUGGGGUGAGAAUCUAAAUCCUUUACUUUUAAGCUGGAAGUGGGACUUGAAUGUUUUAUUUUUCAGAGAGGUAGUGUCCACUUGAAAUCUGUCUAAAACUGCACUUGAAAUAAAUGUGUCACAUUUGA